UAGAUGGUGUCCACAUGGGAGGGUGCUAAGAGGCGGCACUUUCUCUCCCUUUUUCCCUAUUUUUGAGGCGCCAGCGACACCCUUUGACCUCCACCAUGGCACCGAAGAAGGGAAAAAAGGGCAAGAACAAGGACGACUGGGAGGAAGCGGAGGAGGAGAAGAAGGCAAGCGGAGGAGAGGAGGAAGAGGGGGAGGAGGCGGCAGCUGUUACGAGGAAAAAGAAGAAGGGGAAGAAGGGUGAGGAGGAAGAGGAAGGAGGAGGAGGAAAGGGGAAGAAAGGAGGGAAGGGAAAACAUAAUAUCAGUGACGAUGAGAGUGUGGAAGACGAUAGGAAGGAAAAGAAGAAGGGGAAGAAGGGUGACGAUGAUGACGAAGGGGGAAGAGGAGGGAAGGGGAAGAAAGGAGGGAAGGGAAAACAUAAUAUCAGUGAUGAUGAGAGUGUAGAAGAUGAUAGGAAGGAAAAGAAGAAGGGGAAGAAGGGUGACGAUGAUGAUGAAGGGGGAAGAGGAGGAAAGGGGAAGAAAGGAGGGAAGGGAAAGCAUAACAUCAGUGACGACGAGAGUGUGGAAGAGGAGAAGAAGAAGGGAGGGAAGACGAAGAAGGGAGGAAAAGGCAAGCAUGAUAGUGACGAUGAAGAAGAUGCGCCAACGAGAGGAGGCAAGAAGAAGAAGGGAGGAAGAGGAAGACACGACCUCAGUGAUGACGAAGAUGGGAAACUGGAGGAAUCGAUGAAUAAGAAGAAUAAGAAGAAGGGGAGGAAUGAUGCCAUGGACUCGGACGACGAUGCCAUGCCAGGGAAGAAGGGAACGCCCGCCCAGGCUCAGAAGAAGGGGAAGAAGAAGAAGGGGAAGGGGAAGGACGACUGGAGCGACGACGAGAAGGAGGUAGAAGACGCGGAGGAGACGGCGAAAACCCCAUCGUUAGCAAAAUCUGUGAAAAAGGAAAAGAAGAAGAAGAAGAAGGGAGGGAAGGACGACGAUUGGGAAGAUGAAGGGGAGAACAAGUUGAUGGAGAAGAUGCUGGGGAUGGAGAUAGACGAGGGCUCGGACGAGGAUGAGUUCAUGGCGAUGCAGGUGAAGAAUCUGAAAUCUAAGCAACAGAAGAAGAAGGAGAAGAAGAAGGUAUUGAUGGAGGAAGAGGAAGAAGACGAGGAGGAGGAGGAGGAGGAGGAGGAAGAUGACGCCGCGGAGGAGGAUGAGAUACAGAAGCUGGAGAAGGAGGUGGAGGUGAUGAAGAUAACGGAGGAGGUGAAGGAGAAGAAGAAGGAGAAAACAGCGAGUAAAGUGAAGGAAGAGACGACGAAGGAGGAAAAGAAAAAGGAGGAAAUAGUGGACAACAAGAAAACGGAAAUCGCGGAAGUGGAGAAAGAGAAAGUGGAUGAACCAAAGAAGGAGGAGAAGAAGGAAGAAGAGAAGAAGAAGGAGAAGGAAGAAGAGAAGAAGAAGGAGAAGACUCCAGAACCACCACCACCACCACCACCAGCGGAAGAGAAGAUAGUCUCGUCGGAGGAUGAAGAGGAAGAGGAGGAGACGGAGGAGAUGAAACUUAAGAGGAAGAAGCAAGAAGAGAAGGAAGCCAUGAAGAAGCUUAGCCACAAGGAACGAAAGAAACUCAAGCAACAGAUGGAGUAUGAACGGCAGAUGGAGGCCAUGCUUAAGAAGGGAGGCCAUGGCUCUUCAGCUCUCGACGACACCUUCUCCGUCUCACAGGCUCAGAAGUCCGACAAGCAGCAAUCACAGCUCGAGAAUGCCGUCGAUAUUAAGAUUGAGAACUUCAGCAUCUCGGCAAAGGGCAAGGCUCUCUUCACCAACGCCUCACUCAUGAUCGCCAACUCCCGCCGCUAUGGCCUGGUGGGGCCUAACGGGCACGGCAAGACCACACUCCUACGCCACAUCCAGUCCCGCGCUCUCAAUAUUCCUCCCAACAUCGACGUCCUCUACUGCGAACAGGAGGUGGUAGCAGACGACACCCCAGCCAUUGACGUGGUCCUCAAGGCAGACAAGAAGCGGACGGACUUGCUGCAGGAGCGCGACCAGCUGGAGGCCAACAUGAAGAAGAAGAACAAGGAGGUGGACAUGGAUCGCUUGCAGGAGGUCUACGAGGAGCUCAAGGCAAUUGGGGCGGACAAGGCGGAACCCAAGGCCAGAAGGAUCCUGGCUGGUCUGGGGUUCACGCUGGAGAUGCAGGGGCGGGCAACCAAGAACUUCUCCGGUGGUUGGCGCAUGCGUGUGUCCCUGGCACGCGCCCUCUUCAUGGAACCCACGCUGCUCAUGCUUGACGAACCCACCAACCAUCUCGACCUCAACGCCGUCAUCUGGCUCGAUAACUACUUGCAGGGUUGGAAGAAGACGCUGCUGGUAGUCUCUCACGACCAGUCUUUCCUCGACAAUGUGUGCACGGAUGUCAUCCACCUCGACCAACAGAAACUCUUCUACUACAAGGGAAACUACUCCAUGUUCAAGAAGAUGCUGGUGCAGAAGAGGAAGGAGCAGGUGAAGGCGUAUGAGAAGCAGGAGAAGAGGAUUAAGGAGAUGAAGGCCUCGGGAGCCAGCAAGAAGCAAGCUGAGAAGAAGACCAAGGAAGUCCUCACACGCAAACAGGAGAAGAACCGCGCCAAGAACAAGAAGGACGAGGAUGAAAGUGGACCGGCAGAGCUUCUGGAACGACCCCAGGAUUACGUCGUCAAGUUCACCUUCCCGGAACCUCCGCCGCUGCAGCCCCCCAUCCUCGGCCUCUACACCGUCUCCUUCAACUACUCCGGGCACAAGCCGCUCUUCCGAAACGUCGACUUUGGUAUUGACAUGGAAACCCGCAUUGCGAUUGUUGGACCAAAUGGCGUCGGGAAAUCCACCUUCCUGAAACUGCUCCUCGGGGAAUUGACGCCGACCACCGGGGAGAUGCGGAAGAACCAUCGCCUCAAGAUCGGGCGCUACGACCAGCACUCCGGCGAGCACCUCACGGCGGAGGAGUCCCCAUCCGAGUACCUCAUGCGUCUUUUCAACCUCCCGUACGAGAAAGCCCGGAAGUCACUCGGGACAUUCGGUCUUGCCUCACACGCGCACACCAUCAAGAACAAGGAUCUCUCAGGCGGGCAGAAGGCUCGUGUUGCCCUCGCUGAACUCUGCCUGUCCUCGCCCGACGUCCUCAUCCUUGACGAACCCACGAAUAACCUUGACAUCGAGAGCAUUGACGCGCUGGCCGAGGCGAUCGCUGAGUACAAGGGCGGAGUGAUCAUAGUUUCCCACGACGAACGGCUCAUCCGAGACACCAACUGCAGCCUGUGGGUCAUCGAGGAUCAGACGAUUAACGAGAUUGACGGAGGAUUUGAUGACUACCGCAAGGAGCUUCUCGACGAGCUGGGCGAAGUCAUCAACAGCCCCAGCAUAUCGGCGCAUAAAUCGGCGGAUCUUUAGGUGCUGUGAGAAGGCUGUCUUGGGGGUUUCUGUCAGUGUUUUUUUUUUCUGUUUUUUUUUACGUAGGUACUUUAAUUUUUUGUUUUUUGUUUAUGAAUUUAUCAUUUUUUAAUAUUUUUUUUUUUUCCGUACUUUAUUUUUUGUUUUUUGUUUACGAAUUCUGUCAUUUUUUGUUUAUUUAUCUUUCUUUUUUAUUUACGUAAUUUAAUUUUCUUUAUUUGUUUACGAAUUCAUAAUUUUUUGUUUACUUUUUUUUUUUUUUUUAUUUAUGUAUUUUAAUUUCCUGUCUUUGUUUAUGAAUUCUAUUAUUUAUUGUUUAUUUUGCUUUCUAUUCAUUUUUUUUUUCGUCAUUUGCGUUACUCAGCGAACUCUUGUUGUUAUUGAUUAUUAUUUACUGCUGUUGUUUAUCAUUAUUCAUUGUUGUUUUUGUGAUUACUAUUAUUUUUAUCAUUAUUUUUUGGGACUUGCACGAACCGCCUUUCAAAAUUAUUCAUGCCUUUUUUUUUUUCGUGGACCAGAGUGAAAUGGUGCCAAUGUCCGCCCACUUGCUAGUUUAUUUUCUAUUAGUUUAUAUUUUUUCUAUCCUCCAUCUCUAUUUUUUAUUCUCCCAUCUAUCAAUAUUUUUCAUGGUUCCAAUUCCUUAUAUUAUUCUCUGGGUCUUCCUGUAAGCUUCGUGUCCUGGUCAGCUGUACGUUUAUCUUUAUUAUCAUUGUUAUUAUUACAACUACUGCUUAUUAUUAUCUUUAUUUUACCUCUCGUUUAUCAAUUAUUGGUCUUUGUUUUGGUUCUGUUCGGUCAAGCUCAACGUAUACAUUCUUACUAGUGUUUAUUUUAUUUGUGUUUCUGUGAUUGAUUGCUGUCUAUGUUAACCAGCCAGCCGGGGUCCUUCUUGCAUAAUAGAGUGCUGUCCGAGUCCCUGUGAGUAAAGACACGUAAGAUAAAACGGAAACAGGAGAAAAAGAUGAAAAAAAAAAGAAUGUUCCUCAGUGAAUGCAAGAUCUGGGGAAAGGAAAGGAAAGGAAGAGGAGGAAAAGAGUAAUGUAAGGUAUUGUCCGAGUCCCUGUGAGUAAAGACACGCAAGAAGAAGCAAAAAAAGGAGAAAAAGAUGAAAAAAAAUUAGAACAUCGCUCGGUGAAUGCAAGAUCUGGGGACACAAAUUAAAAGGAAGAGGAGGAAAAGAGUAAUGUAAGGUAUUGUCCGAGUCCCUGUGAGUAAAGACCUGUAAGAUAAAACAUAAUAGGAGAAAAAUAUGAUAAAAAUUAGAACAUUGCUCGGUGAAUGCAAGAUCUGGGGACACAAAUUAAAAGGUAGAGGAGGAAAAGGAGUAAUGUAAUGUGUUGUCCGAGUCCCUAAGAUUAAAGACACGUAAGAAGAAGCAGAAAAGGAGAAAAAUACGAAAAAAAAGAAUGUUCCUCGGUGAAUGCAAGAUCUGGGGACAUAAAUUAAAAGGUAGAAGAGGAAAAGGAGUAAUGUUAUGUGUUGCUGUCCGAGUCCCUGUGAGUAAAGACAUGUAAUAUUGAGCAAAAAAGGAGAAAAUAUGAAAAAAAAAUAGAAUAUUGCUCAGUGAAUGCAAGAUCUGGGAACACAAAUUAAAAGGAAGAGGAGGAAAGGAGUAAUGUGGUAAAGGGCUGUCCUCCUCCUCCAUGUGGGAAGGGAAAAAAGAUAAAAAAGAAGACGACAGGAAAGAGAGAAAAUAGAUUGUCCUCCUCCUUGUGAGUGAAGUGAAGAUAAGAAGAGGAAAAAAGAUGAUAGGGAAAAAGAGAAAAAAGAUUGUCCUCCAUGUGUGUCAAGAAGGAAAGGAAGGAAAGAAAUAAUAGAAAAAGAGAUUGUCCUCCUCCAUGUGAGUGAAGUAAAGAUGAAAAGAAGGAAAAAAGAUUACAGGAAGAAAAAUAAAAAGAUUGUCCUCCUCCAUGUGAGUGAAAAAGAAAAAAGAUGAGAGGAAAAAAAGAAAAAAAUAGAUUGUCCUCCUCCAUGUGAGUGAAGUAAAGAUGAAAAGAAGGAAAAAAGAUUACAGGAAAAAAAAUAAGAUUGUCCUCCAUGUGAGUGAAAAAGAAAAAAAAUGAGAGGAAAAAAAGAAAAAAAAAUAUUGUCCUCCUCCAUGUGAGUGAAGUAAAGAUGAAAAGAAGGAAAAAAUAUAAUAGAAAAAAAAAAAAAAUGAUUACCCUCCUUCAUGUGCGCCAAGAAGGAAAGGGAAGCGAAAAACGUUUGCAUUUGAUAAGGAAAAGAAGUUAAAAAGUACGGAAAAGUAAAGUGUACAGAGAAUUAGAUGGAUCCGAGAGGAGGAGAAAGAACAUGAAAAAGAGUAGUGAAUAUGAGACUCAAAUUAAUCACAAACUUUGAAUAGAGGAAGAGAAGGAGAUUCUGAAUAUAUAUGUAAAGUAUUAUUUCCCAGCAUCUGUUAAUGAGAGAGAGAGAGAGAGAGAGAGAGAGAGAGAGAGAGAGAGAGAGAGAGAGAGAGAGAGAGAGAGAGAGAA